AUGUAUUGUUCUUACACACAUAGCUGAUCUUUACAGCCUGUCAGCGCACACAGGAUAGUUUAGAGUUUAAAAGCAUUCAUACCCCAAUGUUUUGAACAACGUAAAUAGUUAUUUUAUAAGAUAACAAUGUCCACUCGAGCUUCAGAAGGAAUGGUAAGUGGCUUCAGCCUCCAGCUCGAAAUGUUCGAAGACCUUGUGAUGCCAUCUGGAAUUGUCCAUCACCUAUCUACCAUGAAGACUCGUUCAGUACGAGAUGACGAUAUAUUUGUGUGCACAUAUCCCAAGUCAGGCACACACUGGGUGUGGGAAAUCCUGAGCAUGGUUGUAGCUGGACGGCCAGAAUACGCGAAACACUGGCAGAACUCGGCACAUCUUGAUUCAAGAACGGAGGAGGAACUGGACUCUCUUCCUUCUCCGAGGAUCUUAUUCACUCAUCUUCUCCCACGCCUGCUGCCACGAGACAUAUGGGAUCGGAAGUGUCAUGUUAUCAAUGUUCAGCGGAAUCCGAAGGAUGCUGUGGUGUCCUACUUUGUCCAGCACACGAACCAGAACUGGGUGGACAAGUCGAGGGAGGCUGCCUUCACGGGAACAUGGGCGAACUACGUGGACGCCCACAUUAAAGGAAACAUACCAUAUGAUUCGGUGUUGAACCACAGUCUUUGCUGGAACAGAUUUCCACAAGACCACCCGGAUGUACCUUUUCUCCAGGUACACUUUGAAGAUCUGAAGAAAGAUGACGUGACGGAGGUCAAACGCUUAGCUGAAUUCAUUAAUCAUCCUCUGCCGUACGAGGUCUACAAACAAAUAGCUGACGCCUGCAGUUUUUCGAAGCUGAAACACGCCCACCAACACAUCAAGGACCAGACAUUUCAUAACCAGUGGAGAGAAGGAUCGAGUGGCUACUUCAGGAAAGGUGAAUCCGGUGAUUGGAAGAACUGGUUUACUGUUGCCCAGAGUGAGAGGUUUGACAGAGUGUAUCAACGAACGUACAGCCACAGUGACCUUAAGUAGUGGGAUAACCUGGGAACAUCGAAAUAAAACGUUAUGUCGACACCUUAAACAAUAUCGAGUAAACUACGGUUAUAACGAACUCAAAGGGACCACGAAUGUUAAUUCGUUAUAACCGUAGUUCGUUAUAAGCAAAUGUACAGAAUAAAUGCAGCAAUUACACAGGACUAAAAAAAUAGUUCCUUAUAUCCGUCAGUUCGUUAUUAGCGUGUUCGUUAUAACCGUAGUUUACUGUAGCCUUCAAAGAAGCAUCUACUUUCUGAACCCUACACAAGACUCCAAUUGACCUGGAUACACCUGAUUCCUGAGCGACCGUAGAGAGAACACUUUCCUUGACUAUCAUUGUCUUAACAAGAUCCUGAGUGACUUCUUCAACUACACUCUAAUCAUUAUCUGCCUCGUCAAACACAGCUGAUACACAGGUGUCGGGUAAAUCCAUUACCUCAUCUAACUGCCUGGUUUUGGACACAGACCGAGUAGUGACACACGCCGGGAACAUUUCCGGAUUUUCUGAUCUCUGAAGCCUGAUUACAUCAACCUGAACAACACUUUUCUGUUAAGUCGUUGCCAAACAAGACAUCUACAUCAACCUGAUUCCUGAGCGACCGUAGAGAGAACACUUUCCUUGACUAUGAUUGUCUUAACAAGAUCCUGAGUGACUUCUUCAACCACACUCUAAUCAUUAUCUGCCUCGUCAAACACAGCUGAUACACAGGUGUCGGGUAAAUCCAUUACCUCAUCUAACUGCCUGGUUUUGGACAUAGACCGAGUAGUGACACACGCCGGGAAAAUUUCCGGAUUAUCUGAUCUCUGAAGCCUGAUUACAUCAACCUGAACAAAACUUUUCUGUUAUGUCGUUGCCUAACAAGACAUCUACACCGGAGAUUGGCAAUAAGUUCGUAGCCCCUACAACACAUCACCAGCAACAGUCUUGCUAUCUGGCCAUACUUUGUGUAAUGGUUCAGACACACAGACCUUACCUAUGCCACUAAGAAUUGCAACAUCACCUGUCGCUGAUCUACUCAAGUCGAUGUGAGCAUCCCGUGUCCCAAUACACCGACACUUCGCUUGACUGAUUCCUACUGAACACAUCUGACACACCACCACCAUACCUUAUGUACCAUAGUGACCAACUGGCGGACUACCUCUCUACCUUCCACGCCUGCUGCUGUCUGAACAAAACCUACUGCCGACUUAUUAUCCCUUUCCCGUUUAAAACAGUCUACGACCAAGCGUUCCGACGUGCCACAAUAACUGCACCUUUUCUUGGGUACUCUGGAAGUAACAUCUUGGCCUCCACUACCAGCAGACGAACCAGCUUUUCUGCCAUACUGAGUACAACUCUGACCACUAGCUUUGGCAAACUGACCACUAAGACCCUGACUUUGACCACGACUGACAUUGCCUUAAACAUGUCUACCACACGAUUGCGAUGAUUGAAAUUGCCAUUACUACGAAAAUCUGCACUAUUGUGAGAAGAGCCUGUAGUUGAUCACUGAACCUUGUGUACCAGACAAUAGUUGUCUGGUACCUCAGCGACCUCUGACUUCAACACUGUCUGAUCCGACAAGAGGAUUUUCAAACAAGGAUUCAUACUACCCUUGACUCUUCUAACACCUACUCUGACAAUUCCUUAAUAGACUCCUUAUUAGUCCACAUAUCAAACACAUUGCCUUUCUCGGCAAUAAACACGGUGUAACUUUCA